GACAUUUCUGAUUCAUUUGCAUCCUUGAAGAGCAUCUGUAGAAGAGGAAGGAAAAGAUGGGUGUGAAAACAUUUACUCAUAGUUCCUCUUCCCACAGCCAGGAAAUGCUUGGAAAGCUAAAUAUGCUGCGAAAUGAUGGACAUUUUUGUGAUAUCACUAUUCGUGUCCAGGACAAAAUCUUCCGGGCACAUAAGGUGGUACUAGCAGCUUGCAGUGAUUUCUUUCGCACCAAACUUGUAGGCCAAGCAGAGGAUGAGAACAAGAAUGUGUUGGAUCUGCAUCAUGUCACGGUGACUGGCUUUAUACCCCUUUUAGAAUACGCUUAUACAGCCACUCUGUCAAUUAACACAGAAAAUAUUAUUGAUGUUUUAGCUGCAGCAAGCUAUAUGCAAAUGUUUAGUGUUGCUAGUACCUGUUCGGAAUUCAUGAAAUCAAGCAUUUUAUGGAAUACACCCAAUAGCCAACCAGAAAAGGGCCUAGAUGCUGGACAAGAAAAUAAUUCUAACUGCAAUUUUACUUCUCGAGAUGGAAGCAUUUCUCCAGUGUCUUCAGAGUGCAGUGUGGUAGAACGAACCAUUCCUGUCUGCCGAGAAUCCCGGAGAAAGCGCAAAAGCUAUAUUGUUAUGUCUCCUGAAAGCCCUGUAAAGUGUAGCACACAAACAAGUUCACCCCAGGUGUUGAAUUCUACAGCUUCCUACUCAGAAAAUAGAAGUCAACCAGUUGACUCUUCUUUAGCUUUUCCCUGGACUUUUCCUUUUGGAAUUGAUCGAAGGAUUCAGCCUGAGAAGGUUAAGCAGGCAGAAAAUACCCGGACUUUAGAAUUACCUGGCCCAUCUGAGGCAGGUAGAAGAAUGACUGAUUAUGUGACUUGUGAGAGCACAAAAACUGCCUUGCCUUUGGGUACUGAAGAAGAUGUCCGGGUCAAAGUAGAAAGGUUGAGUGAUGAGGAGGUUCAUGAGGAAGUGUCCCAGCCUGUCAGUGCGUCUCAGAGUUCCCUGAGUGAUCAGCAGACAGUGCCAGGAAGUGAACAAGUCCAAGAGGACCUUCUGAUUAGCCCACAGUCUUCCUCCAUAGGUUCAGUAGACGAAGGUGUUACCGAGGGGUUACCAACACUUCAAAGCACUUCCAGCACGAAUACUCACGCAGAUGAUGAUGAUCGAUUGGAAAAUGUUCAGUACCCCUACCAACUCUACAUUGCUCCUUCCACCAGCAGUACAGAACGACCAAGUCCAAAUGGUCCAGACAGACCUUUUCAAUGUCCAACCUGUGGGGUGCGAUUCACCCGUAUUCAGAACCUAAAACAGCACAUGCUCAUCCACUCAGGAAUUAAACCAUUUCAGUGUGACCGCUGUGGGAAAAAGUUCACCAGGGCUUACUCGCUAAAGAUGCAUCGCCUAAAGCAUGAAGGUAAACGCUGUUUCCGGUGCCAGAUAUGUAGUGCCACUUUCACUUCCUUCGGGGAAUAUAAACACCACAUGAGGGUUUCCCGGCACAUUAUCCGCAAGCCUCGGAUUUACGAGUGCAAAACAUGUGGCGCCAUGUUCACCAACUCUGGAAAUUUAAUCGUGCACCUGAGGAGUCUGAACCAUGAAGCAUCAGAGCUAGCAAACUACUUCCAGAGCAGUGAUUUCCUAGUACCGGACUACUUAAACCAGGAGCAAGAAGAGACCCUUGUUCAGUAUGAUCUUGGAGAACACAGUUUUGAAAGCAACUCCUCUGUUCAAAUGCCUGUAAUUUCACAGGUCUCCUCCACCCAGAAUUGCGAAAGCACUUUUCCCUUGGGGUCUCUUGGUGGGCUGGCAGAAAAGGAGGAAGAAGUGCCAGAGCAGCCAAAGACCAGUACUUGUUCUGAGGCAACCAGAGAUGACCCCCCAAAGUCAGAGCUGUCUUCUAUAACUAUUGACUAAUUCUGUGGUUUGGCUUCAUUUUUGGUUUUUGGAAAGUGCCUGUGCUUGGUCUUGUACAUUUAAAUUUAAUUUAAUUUUUUAAACAAAAAUAGAAUUUGGGAAAGAAUUUCCCUUUUUACUUUGUAAGCCCUGCAACUGAUAUUUUAUUUUUCAUAACUGAGAGAUUGUUUCUGUAAGUACACUAUAACAUGAUGUUGGAACACAGUAGAAACUAUGAGAAUUAAGAAGAACCAGUUGACUUUUACAACAUUUACCAGUGUCUUCUUCCAUUGUUAAAAGUGGGGUAAUGCUAGACCAUUCGGUAAGAAGAAAUGAGGUGGUUAUUAACUUUCCUGAGAUGAAUGGGUGUACAGAGACAAAUUACCUGACAGUUGGCCUGAGUAGAUGUUUACUCCUAUACACAGGACGCUGUACAAUAUUUUGUAAAGCCUGUUGAUUUUGAAGUGUUUAUGGUAAGCUUUCUUUAAAAUUAUUAGGGUAAAUACUUCUGAGACCCAGCAUACUCUCUUUUUUUAGUAUUUGUCAUUUCUAUUAUAAUUUUUCUUGAUGAAAGGUGGGAAUGGGGUAGACAUUCCUUGUACCAUUACAGUGCCACUCGAAAGGCAAAGAACCAUGACUGAGAAUAGUCAAGCAGUGGAUGAAGUGGCCAGCAUUGGAAGCUGAAGUAGGUAAACCCCAGCUUCACGGGAAUGGUUUAAAUCCUGCUCUUCUGACUAAAAUUGAUGUUUAUCUGGUCUUCGAAUGUGAUUGUCCAAUUAGGGCACCACCCAAAUGAGUUUUCUCCUUGCUCCAUCAGGGGUACUUUACCUUACUAUACUGAUGUGCUACCAUAUAAAGGAAAAAUAUUGGAGAUACUCUAUAUUUUAUAUAUAGGCUUGUGUAUUGUCAGGGAUGUUUUUAAUGUGCUUUUUUGGACAGAAUAAUUCUCUGUUGAGGCGACAUUCUUAACUAAGAUUGUUUACAAAGCCCUGUAUGACCGUGACAUGUCCUUCUUCCAGAAUAUUUUUAGACAUUGCCAAGUUUGUUAAAAGCAGUUACUAUAGUUUUUACACAGUGUAAGCAAUAAUUUAAAAGAUAAGAAGCUAUAAAACGAUCAUCUAUGACCCAUAAAUCUGGGGGAAAGAAGAAAAUUGUUUAUACUAACAAAAAACUAAAAACCCUAAAUUAAUGAAUAUCAGCAUUUGUGCUGCUCAAAGGAAACUUCGUAGUUUUCUAGUUGAAAUUUAUCAGAUGCUGUAGACUGGGGUACGUUUUCCUCUGAUGCCAUUGAAGUAUCUCUGCCUCUAACCCUGAGUACUGAUGAGUUCGUGAAUAAUAGGCUUUUGAAUAACAUUUGUUCUUUUUAUCUACCCAGAGCUUAAUAAUUAAGAAAGCAAAGCAUCAGAUUAGAUUAGGGAAGAGAAACAAAAUACUACUCUCUAGAUAAAACACAGAUCUGAAUUUGGUUCAGGUGCCAGGAAUUACUAAAUAUUGUUUUUUUAAUGAUAAAUGACUUCAUUUUUUUUAAAAUUGGCUAAUUCUGUAAUUUAGGGUGUUUUUUUCUUCAAAAAAUAUAAAGUAAGCAAAAGUGAACUCAUUGGAAUUUUUUGUUAAGUUUCUUUCUGUCUCUGCCCAUACUCUGCUGUACUUAUUUCUAGUGUUUUACCUCAUUCAUGAACCUGGUUUUUUUACCCAUUUCCUCCUAAACAUAGGUAUGUUGCUUUCAAGAGGAUCAGCAUAUGCAGAUUGUGAUGGGCUUCUACCUUUUAGACUUCUUUUACAGUAGGGCUGAAUUAUUUUCUGCAACAGACUGGUACUAUGGUGCUGCUGUGUCUCAACUGAGCAGGUUUGGAAGUUUUAUUUUUUAUUUCAUAGGUAGUGUAUGCAAACUUAGGCUUACCAAUAGAUAAAUCUCAAAAUUAAUUUAAAAAUCCUGUAUUGGCAAAACAAAGAAGAGGUAAAAUCUGUGAUUAAGCAUCAUUGUUGCUCUUAGUUUCAAGAGUUACCUUUUUUUUUUUUUUUUUAAGAACAAGACAGAAUGAAAGGAAGGAAAGACCUAAGAAUAAAGAGCAGUGUAAGAAUCCUUAGCAGGUUUAUUGGUUGGAAAUGCUGUAGCAAAUCUCCUGUCCUGAGAACUCUGUGAUGAGAAGGAGCCCUGCACAAUUUUGGCAGCUCUGAAGUACUCGGAUCAUAUUCUCAGGAUGAAAGACCACCUAUCACUAGGUGCUCUUCCCAAAUGCAAACUUUAGGUCUUAAUUGGUAGUAACAAAUUCACAUAUCUACAAGUUUUAUGGGAAAUUUGAAUAUACUGUGAAAACACAUGUCUGGUUAAGUUUUCUGUUGCCCAAACCUAUCAAUUCAAGGUGACUAAUGACUAUUUAACAUAAAAUUGUACAAACAAAAGCCUUUUCCUGUCUCAUUAAGGCUCUGCAUUUUUCUUGAUAUAUGAUUUAAGGAAGUUUAGUUUAUGGAUCUGUUUAAGGAAACAAAGCUGCAAAGGAUAAUUGUAUAUAUAGUAGUAUUUAGAUUUAUUUAAAACUCAUUUCAAUGAGGAAUGCCUAGAUAUAUAAUUUGUAUCAGAACGUAGGGAAAACAUUGCAAAGAGAUGAGAGCCAGUUACAUUAUCCCAUCCAUUAGAAAUUACCUGUGUAACCAAACAUUAAAAUACUCUUCUUUAGAAUAUAUAAGGAUAGCUAUUUCCUUAGGGCCCAAGAGGAUAACUUUGUGAUAUUUAAAGGGCUUAAAUUUUAGAAUGCAAAAUUAGUUACCUUUUUAAAACCAAGCAUUUUAUACAAGAAAAUCUUUUAUUUUCAAUUUGUUAACUGCCAAAUAGAUGUGAUAUACUUCAGAAGCAAACAAAGAUGUUCACCCAUAAUACUAGAUGUUAUAGCUCCUAUAGUCAUUCCUUUAAUUUUUAAUGGUGUAUUCUAAUAGAAGCAUCCAGCAUGUCACUAAUUCUGAUUUGAAACAAAGAGAUCAAUACUGGAUCGGGUGUUUUCACCCUGAGUUUUCUAUAAAUGGGUGCAGAUGGAAGUUAUCAUCCUCAAAUAUAUUUAAAUGUAUUUUUCUUAUUUUGAAUUGCCAAUCAUCUUAAUUUUUAUUUUAAGUAAUUAAACAGUUAGUUACACUGUCAGUUUUUUUAUGUUUUCAGUUUCAGUGAGACAGAAUAAAGUAAAAUACUUAAGUAUCCUCAUCCAUCUUACAUUUUAAAACUUGAGCAACCUUUCUGACAUAUAGCAGGGAGGUCGCAUGCAGGGACACACGUCCUUUGGUUUUACAAACAGGAAAGCUUCCAUUUUGUUCAAAUAUUUUACCUAAUGGAGUAGACUGGUCAGCACAUCUGAUAUACUUAAUCAUGAGUAAUUCACUAACCUUCUAACACUGAGCCAGACUCUCCCAGUCUAUAAAUGGUUCCCUGCGAGCCUGAGUCCUUUCGCUGCUUAUUAACCUAAUCUAAACAGAGACCAGUUUAUCAGCUUAGUGGCUUUUAUUUUGAAGACACUCUGAUCAUGUUUUAGUCACUUUCAGCUUUAUAUCCCUGAAAAGUAUAUUACUUUAUAUAAUUCUAUACUAGUAGACACACAGAAUGAACUGUUAAAAUUGUGUAUAUUCACUGAAAGUUUGAGAUUUGUACAUUGAUGAACAAGAAAAUUUAAAAAUUUUCUGUUUCACUCAUUUAUUUCCAAGAUAUCAUGUUAUAGCUGAAAUAUGCAUCCAAAUGAAGAAUAAAAUAACCUUCUAGUUAUUAACUGGCAGAAAAACUAGUGAACUUUACAUUUGGAAGAAACCAAAAUGGCCAAAAGGCAGUAACUGUGGCUUUCACUGUAGCUACUGACAUCAGAUGCUUUGCUUACAGUACAUUUAGAUCUUAAAAGUUACUGAGAGAAGAAUGCAUAGAAACUUUUCUGAAGCAGUAAAACAAAUUGAGAGAACAAGGGAAGCUCUGUUUUGAGGUAGAUGUUUCUAUGAGAAUUGUGUAUAGCUAAGCAUACUCUCAUAGGCUUUAGGCCAGAAUCACCAAAUUUAAAUUAAGUUGCUCCUUAUUUUGUCCAGACCCAUUUUUAUCUUUCAGUGUCAUUUUUGCUUGACUAAAUGUGGUGGCAUAUAGGGUAUUUUUAUUUGAAAAGUCCUCAGCAAGAUAAAUUAGCCAAGAGCAAUAAUGAUUCAAAUUAAACAGUGAAAUACAAUGAGCCAGCCUCAAGUUGAGUUAAGGAAGCUCACCCUGUGGUUUCUGAAUUCAGACUGCAGAUCUGUUGAGAUGUUUCAUCAUACUCAUGGUGGAUGAAGCCUUGUGUCAGGAGACCAGUCACAUCAGUAGUCAUACUCGUUUCUUAUUUUACUUUGUCCUAAACACAGAUAUUUCCACUGUAUCACAAUGAGAGAAAUAGUUCCAUGUUAAGCAAAUAGCCUCUGUGGAUUUCCAGCUGUUACUGGAAUCUUGGUUUGGCAGUAUCCAAAAUGAAACUACCUUGAAAUGUUUAUGCUGCUUUAGUUAAGUAAGCACCCUCUGAAAAGGACCCAGGCCAGUCCUAGCUAAUAUCAAGAUUCCUGUGUAUGUAAUAGCCUACAAGAAUUUAAGAGUUCAGACCAUGGAUUAAAACCAGAAAAUUCUUUUUAGGUUUUUUUUUAAUACAAUUUUUAAAUUUUAGUUUGAAGUACCUGGCUUAUAAAAUCAGAUUAUCGUGCUGUAUCCUUUCUCUUUAAAAAUGGCUAAUUUCACUGAUUCAGCUUGAAGUCCUGGGGUCAGUUGUGAUGAUUUAUUAAUAAAAUCACUGCUUAAUGGUUUAGGGAGUUGUGACACUAAUGUCGUGACUUGUGUUAAAUUGUGGUCAUUUUCCCGAAUGCCAGUCUAAACAUUUCCAGAUUUUGUUAUUCAAGUAAAUUAGUUAAAAACCAUCCUGUAGGUGAAUGUUGGGUAACCAGAGUCCAUCUCCUGCUGAGGAAGGCUCAAGCCCUGCCUGUAGAGAAGCCCGUCGGCUCCUCUCAGUGCACGUCGGCUCCUGGGUGCCAGUGGCAGCUGGCUUCCCUUGAAGGUGGGAAGCCUUUGGUGCGGUUCUCAGGCACCUGCUUGCUACGGAGAGCCUUUUCUGUAUUAGGCCAUGCGUGUUUGCUCUAGAUUUCUUCUUGUUAGUUACCAACUUGGUUUUCUAGUGGGCAGAUGCUGUGUGAAGUCUCUCAUACUGAGAGUAGUCCAUUACAUUUUGGAAAGUUGCACUACUUUUCUUUCAUCUUUCAAGUACCUAAAAUGAAUGACACAGCGGGUAUUUGGAAGGAGUAAGGUCAUAAACUUUAAUCAUUUUCUUCCUUGUGCAAAGAAAUGGCUUGUAAUGCUUAUAUUUUGUGUUUCUUUUUCUUUUAAGCAGCAGUCCCUAGUAGGGUAAAAUUUGGUUUUGAUCCCAGUUCCUAGUGAUAUAUUUAAUUUUUCUGUUGCUACUGCUGCCUCUUGUUGCAUCAGAUAGAGAUUGCCUGCCUCUUUACAGGGCACCCCUGUGGCACCUUAUGUCCAACUUGGAGGAUAGUAGAUGGCUUCUUGGUGCCUCUGCUGUCUUUUCAAAAGCCAUUUUAUAAAAAAUCCUAGGUAGCCUAUUUUAAUAUUUAAAUAUAUAUAUAUUUGUGAAAGAUACUUUUAGAACAGACUUUUUUUUAAACUUUAAAAUUCCUGUAUUCCCAUUUUUAAAAGUAAAUUUAAACUUUUCCUGAUUAGGAAGUGUCUUUUCCCAGAGCAGCAUGAUGAGAAAGUCAACUUGAGAUAGUAGACCAGAAUUCAGCGAUGGAAAACAUCGAUGUCUGGUUAAGGAGUCAGUUUGAGGGGGAAAAAAUUGCUUUGAUGUAACAGAAAUGAAUUUCUAAAUAAAAUUGUGGUUUUGUUUCUAUAAUUUCACAUUUGCUGCUUUAAGUAGCUCAGUAUUUCACAGGGCUAACAUAAAUCUGGCUCCAUGUAAAACCAGAGUACUUUUCUAGUGCAGCCAGCCUAGGAGGAAACCCCGCACCAGGCUCUUCCAGGUGGGCAGGUGACUGCUUUGUGUAGCUGAUGCAUGCUUUCAUAUUUGCCUGUUGCCCAGUGGCAAGGAAGUCAGGGCUGGGGAGGGACCUUUGUACCCUGCCGGUUUCAGCGUUAUGGUUCUUUUGGGGCACUGGCAUCUUGUGACGCCCUCAAGGAAGGGUAAUUCUGGGGAGAAAAUGUGAAUUUGAUUUACAUAAGUGGGUGGUUUUCAUGUCUUCUGCCCCUCCUAGAUGCAGUACUUACCCUGUGCCAGUCCCUAGUUCACCAGCUUUGUGUCCAGUCGUCAUCUCCUUCAAAUGUGGCUUUCCUCGGUGACAGUGGCCACAGCUAAGUUACUUGGCAUGUUUGACUUUUGACAAUAGCAAAAAUGGUUUUGGAUUUUGUUUUAUUUCCUAAAAAUGUAUACAAUGUCAGAAAUCCACGUUUUAUAUACUAGUACCUGGCUAUUAGUAUUUUACAGGAACCAUAGUUCUUGGUGACUACACACGCACACACACACACACACACACAUAUAUUUUUGUGACUUUUUUGUAAACUAAGUGCCGUUUCAACGUUACAAUCAUUUUUAGAGUUAUUGUAAUCAAUGUGAAUAUCAUGUUUUUUCAAAUCUGUUCUGAGCCUAUAGUGUUUGCUUUGUGAAUAUAUGUGUAUUGUAUAUAUUCUGUAUAGUUACAUUGUACUGAAAUAUUAGCUUGUUUGAUAUAAGGAAAGUAUGUAUUGAGUACCUUUUUGCUAGCCUGAUUGUUUAAUCUUUUUAAAAAAGGUUUAAACUUUUUUUAAAAAAAAAACUUUAAACUGGCCUUUAUUAAUGGUCACAAAGUUGCAGUUGGAAGGGAUGGGCAGGGAAAAACUAGUUUUGAGUGUCUUUGGAUAGAAACAUGAGACUAUGUUUUGUUUUGUUUUUUUUCUCAUUAAAAUAUCUUAUUAAUGCUUUAUGGAAUAAAAAAAAUCCCUGCUGUUGUUA